CUGUUUACUGCUUACAAUUGAUUGUCAUUUGACAGUUUAUUUGGUUUCUGUUCAGUUCAAAAUACUUGAUGGCUUAACCAUUUUAGGUUAAACUGGAUUUUUGUUCAGUACAUAUUUUGUGAUUGCUUGACUUUUUAAUAAAAGAUUUAAAUUAUGUCUUUUCUGAACUAGUUAUUCGUAUUUUUUUACUGUGAAAUUAAGAAAUUUCCUGAACGUUUUUUUUGCUUAAAAUGUCAAUUAUCAAAAUGGCGGACUUGUCUACGUCUUCUCAUGCCAAAGGCUCUGAUGAGGUUAAGGAUUUUAUUUGUUCGUCAUGCAAAGAGCAAGCAUAUGCAGAUUUUUACUGCAAAACAUGUUUGAAACUUUAUUGUGGGAAAUGUAUUCAGUUGCAUGAUAAGUGGUUUAGAAAACAUUCAGCAUAUGGAAGGAAUGACAUGAAAGAAUGGCCAGUUUCGAAAGAGGUUGGGGAAUUUCUAUUGAAGUGUGAAGCACACAAGGAUGACAAAAUUGAAAUGUUAUGUGAUGACCACAGUCAGCUGUGCUGCACAAAGUGUGCCUUCAAUGAUCACAGCAAGUGCAGUAAAGUGACCCCGAUUUCGGAGCUGACCAACAUGCAGCCCACAGACCUACAGGGACUGUCAGUGGAGCUGGAAACUGUCAUGGGGGGAAUCAAAAGCCUACAGAUAAAUCAGGAGGCCAGUGUUCAGUCAUUGCAGAGAACAUACAAGGAACAUGGGGCAGUCAUGAUAGAACAAUUGCGUGGAAAUUUAAAUACUAACAUUGAUGAGUGUGGUAAUAGUUCUGUUGGUACAUCGGGCAAAAAUUUAAAAGAAGAAAUGUGUUGGAGUGUUCUUUCUAUCUUGAAUGAAUUUGAUAAUAUUACUGUGAAGGAACUAAACGAGAUAAAAGAAGAAGUUAUAAGCAUAAAAGGGUCAGUUACAAGUUCUAUUCAUAAAUGCACCAGUCUUCACAAUGACUUGUCACAUUUCCAUGAAAUUGUUCAGAAAAUUGGAGAUAAUAAGGAGCUCUGCCUUAUAGCCAGCAUAAAAUGUAAGCAUAUAAUACAGCAGGCAUUGACUCUGCUAGGAAAGUCAGGCAAGGCGUUUCAUGUCCAGAGUAUUACUAAGCACAAUGUGAGAAUACCAAGUGAUUCAGGUGAAUGUUAUAUCGGUGGCAUAUGUGUUCUUCCCGAUGGGCAGGCACUGGUUGUAGACUGGAAAAAUCAUAAUGUCAAGCUGCUGAACCAGCAGUACCAGGUGGUGAGUCACUGGGAUGUGAAUGCUCGGCCAGUUGACAUUUGUUUGAUCACACCCAGUGAGGUUGCAGUGGCUGUGAAUACUAGCAAGAUACAUGAGGUCCAGUUUAUCACUGUCAACCAGGGAAAGCUUGUUCCUGGCAGGAAGUUUCAGUUACAACAUGAAUGUACAGGUAUUGCCCAUCACUAUGGAGACCUUUUUGUCACCUCUGGUAAAGAACUGUACAAAUACACGCUGAAUGGCAAACUGAUCUGCAGACUCUAUGAACAACAUGGAUCAGCUAAUUGGACAUACCCAGCACUAUGGCGCCCAGUGGGUCUACAUGUGACCCCUGCAGGCCAGGUGCUGGUCUGUGGAUACUGGCCCCCCACUGUACUACAGGUGGGCUGGGAGGGGCAGAGUAAGCUGACUACGCUGGCUACUGAGGAGGAUGGAGUGAUGGGGCCACGUGUGCGUGAGUCCUAA